GGAGGAGCAAAGAUGGCGAUACUGGCCUACAGCCUGGGCAAACGGGAAAUAAAUCAUUAUUUUAGCAUCAAAAAUGCAAAAUUGCUGUCUCUCGUUGCUGUUAUUCUCCUCACCGUGUUCCACGCGGUCUCUCGGCAUUAUGGAGGCCGGGACACAUGUGACUGGCUCCUAUCCAGUGGCCGGUUCCUAGGAGACAAUGUGUGGCAGCCAUAUGGCUGCAUGAUGCACAAGUACAAAAGCAUUGAAGCAAAAGCUUGCCUCAACAAUAAGAGGAUAGCAUUCAUCGGGGACUCUCGAAUUCGUCAGCUCUUCUAUUCUUUCAUCCAGAUUAUCAACCCUAAGGCCAGAGAAGAGGGGAAUAAGCAUGAAAACAUUCCCUUUACAGAUAGAGAAUCCUCUUUGAAUGUGGACUUUUUAUGGCAUGCAGAAGUAAAUAAUUCCAUGAAGGACCAGUUGACAUCAUGGACAGAGAAGCCCUCUUUCAAGCCGGAUGUCAUCAUCAUUGGUGCUGCUACUUGGUCCAUUAAACUGCACAGCGGCAGUAGCGAGUCACUCCUUCAAUACAAAGCAAACCUCACAUCUAUAGCAGCACCACUGGAAAAGCUAACUGAGCACAGUGAAGUCUUUUGGGUCGUGCAGGGUCCUGUCUACGAAAAGGUAUUGAGCGAGAAUCGUAAGAUGAUCACCAACGAGCAGAUUAACUUGUAUAAUGCAGCAGCACUCAGCACUUUGAACAGCAAGAGCAAUACCAAGGCUAGGGUGAAGUUCCUGCAGGCUUCACGGGAAGCUGCCAUGGAAACCAUCACCCAGUCAGAAGAUGGUCUGCAUCUUCCUGUGAGCGCAAGGAAUGUGGGUGCCAUGGUUCUGAUGAACUCCAUAUGCAACGAGAUCCUGAAGCCUAUUGAUGGUUCAUGUUGUCAGAGUGUUCCUCCACUGAGUGUGCUACAGAAACUGGCUGCUGGACUUUUCCUGGUAGCUGCUGCCUGCUUCCUGGUGUUGCAUGCACUCGGCUACACUGGGCACUGGAAGAGCAAGCCUGUGUCUGAUGUUGAGAGUGGAGAGGAGAAGAAACCUCCCUCUGCUGCAAUUCCACUCAUCAUGAAGAAUGUAUUACAGUCCAUCUGCAAGAUGGGUCUCAUCAUGCUUUACUUCUACCUAUGUGACCGAGCAGACAUCUUUAUGAAGGAGCAAAAGUUCUACACGCACGCCACCUUCUUCGUCCCGCUCAUCUAUAUAUUUAUGCUGGGGUUUUUCUACAAUGAGAACACUAAAGAGGCCAAACUGCUGAACAGAGAACAGACUGAUGAAUGGAAGGGCUGGAUGCAGCUAGUUAUACUCGUCUAUCACAUAUCCGGAGCCAGCGCUUUCAUACCUGUGUACAUGCAUGUCCGGGUGCUGGUGGCAGCUUAUCUCUUCCAGACAGGAUAUGGCCACUUCUCCUUCUUCUGGUUAAAGGGUGACUUUGGACUCUACAGAGUAUGCCAGGUUCUCUUUAGACUCAAUUUCCUGGUGAUGGUGCUCUGCCUUGUGAUGGACAGAUCAUACCAGUUCUACUAUUUUGUGCCUCUGGUUACCUUUUGGUUUGUGAUCAUCUAUGCCAUAAUGGGCAUGUGGCCACAGGUUCUGCAGCUCAAAGCCAAUGGCAGCAGUUUCUGGCACCUGGUACUUCUAUUGAAACUGUUGGGGUUACUUCUUUUCAUUUGCUUUUUUGCAUACUCACAGGAAUUCUUUGAGAAUAUUUUCUCCGUGUGGCCUGUUUCAAAGCUCUUUGAACUCCAAGGAAGUGUCCAUGAGUGGUGGUUCAGGUGGAAGCUGGAUAGAUUUGCUGUCAUCAAUGGCAUGCUGUUCGCCUUUAUUUACCUGGUAUUACAGAAAUAUCAGGUUCUCUCGGAGGGGAAAGGCGAGCCGCUCUUCUCCACCAAGAUUUCCAACUGCUUACUCUUUGUAUCAGUGGUUUCCUUCAUCACAUAUUCCAUAUGGGCGAGUAGCUGUAAAGAUAAGACUAAAUGCAAUGAGAUGCAUCCCUACAUAUCUGUGCUGCAGAUUCUGGCGUUUGUUCUAAUCAGGAACAUUCCUGGCUAUGCUCGUUCUUUGUACAGCUCCUUUUUUGCAUGGUUUGGAAAAAUCUCAUUAGAGCUCUUCAUCUGUCAGUAUCACAUCUGGCUGGCAGCUGACACAAAGGGCAUCCUGGUCCUUAUUCCCGGAAUCCCCUCCCUUAAUAUCACCAUGAGCACCUUCAUCUUUGUGUGUGUCGCUCACGAGAUCUCGCAGAUCACCAACGAUCUGGCCCAGGUGGCCAUUCCUAAGGACAGCGGCACUUUGCUCAAGAGACUGCUGGCAACUGGACUCUUCAUGGGGCUUAUCCUCGUCUUGUCUAACAGCAGCUGGGCCUGAGUGAGUUGAUUUCGUUGGAACAAAUCCUGAUUUAAACUUAAGUUUUAGGAACAGACUCAUUACUGGCAUAGUACUGCUCACCGAACACAACCUGAGACGCAGGUCUCGGCGCAAAGCCCGUGAUGCAGUACUUACUUUAUAAAGACAGUGAGCACACAUUUUAUACAGAAUGUAUGCAGUACAUGUGCUCACUGACUGACUUUUCAGAUAAGACUAAAUCUGAUAACACCUGGGGGAACGGAAACAACCUCUUUUCUGUCCAUGUUUUGUACAGUAUUUAAUGAUUUAAAUUAAGUUUACUUUGUACAGCGGUGUAUUUGUGGCGCCUUAAUGUCCUGUUUGUCGUUUCUAAUUUCUUUUUUAAUGUUGAGCUCAUUUGGAUGAAAUAUGAAUGGGGUUUUGUGUUUUCAUGCUUCAUGCAGUAUACAGCACACCAUAUGCCAACAGAUUCUUUUGUCACCAGUAAAUUAAUUACUGUGUAAACAACCACUCUAAGGUUUGUAUGGGGUUUUUGUUUUUUAAUUAAUGCUUUCAACAGAUCUUAAUUCUCCUAAAUCUCAACCAGGGCAUCCAUAAGUCAUUACUAUAAGUCCUUUUUUUUUUUUUUUUUUAAUGGAAAAUUAAGGCUUUAGAGGAAUUAAUUUAUUUAUAUUUGCAAAUUUAAUUAAUUUGAAUAUACACUGACUGCCUGGCCAAAAAAAAAGUUGCCAUUUGGAUUUAAAUAAGAAAAUACUCAAGAGCUUUUGAUUGGAUAAUUGCUGCGAUUCAUGUUUCAGCUGCCAGCAAUUCUUUUAACCCUUACUGAUGCAGUGAGUAGCUUCUCCUUUCUUUAACAAUCAUGUCGGAAGGUGUAUCCAGUAGUCGUGGAAAAGAUGUUACUGUGUAUCGGAAGGGUCAACUUAUUGCCCUGCACCAAGCAAAUAAAAAAGGAGAUUGCUGAUAUUACUGGGAUUGAGUUAAGAACUCUGCAGCGCAUUAACACCACCUGGAAGGAUAGUGGUGAACCAUUAACUUCGUGGAAGAAAUGUGGUUGGGGGGGGGGGAAUCUUGAUUGAGCAUGAUCAGAGAUCACUUAGGGUGUUUUCACACCUGGUCCCCUUUAAAGGAACCAGACUCGGUCCUCUUUAAGUGGACCAAAAAGUGGACCAACAGAAAACGAACUCGGUUCUUUUUGUGUUCACACUGUGAAUUUAUUACAAAGAGGACUGGGUUCUCUUUCUGGUCCAGUUAAGCUUUGAUGGGGCCUCAGUCCUCUUUCUGUUCACACCAGGUCCUCUAGAGCCCUCAGACCCCCAGUGCACGGAAUUCUGGGUAAUUUUCUCUUGAAUCAAAAUGUCUGCUGCCAUGCUUGCCCUGCUGUAUUCUUUGAUCAAAAUAGCGCGGAUUAAGGAAAAUAAAUUUAUUCCAGCGGCUGUGGUAAGUUCCAAAAGGAAGUUGAGUUUCCCUGCUACAGUCACGUGACCAACUACGGCAAACGAAGAAGGUUAAACUACAGUGAAAAAGGCGAAGUGAACCCGGUGCGCUUUUUGUUCACAAUGCGCAGAUUAGGCGAACCGCACCGUUGAUUUUUAGCGAACCGUACUGAGACCACCUCCUGAGGUGGUCUCAGUUCGGUUCGCUUUAAAGGGGUCUGGGUACGGUUGGAGUGUUCACAUGUGCGCAAAAAAUGCUGAGUCAUCGAUCUGAGUUCGGUUAGAUGACUGAAAGGGACCAAGUGUGAAAACACCCUUAAACACUGUGUGAAGUUGAAUCAUUUAAAAAAAAUCAACAGUAGAACUUCGAGCUAUGUUUAAUAGUGAAAAUGAGAGCAUUUCCACAUGCACAAUGCAACAAGAACUGACAGGAUUUGGACUAACGAGUUGUAUGGCCAGAAGAAAUCUACUUCUUAGUGACGCUAAUCAGAUGAUUUGCUAUGGAGCAUAAAAAUUGUACUGCGGAGCAAUGGAAAAAGGUCAGAUGCUUUGAGUCCCGAUUUACCCUAUUCCUGAAUGAUGGGCGUGUCAGGGUAAGAAGAGAAAUGCAUGAAGCAAUGCAUCGAUCAUGCAAAGCGGCCACUGUACAAGCCUCUGGAGGCAGUGUUCUGACCUGGGGUUGCUUCAGUUGGUCAGGGCAAGGCUCGGCACAUCAUGUGGCAAUAAAAUGAAGUCAACUGAUGACCUGAAUGACCAGGUGAUCAUAUCGAAGGAUUUUUUUUUUUUUUCCUUCCCUGAUGGCACAGGCAUAAAAUUAGGGCUCAAAUUGUGAACAUGAAUCAUUUUCACACAUGAUUUGGCUAGCAGAGAGUCCUGACCUUAACCCCACUGAAAGUCUUUGGGAUGUGCUGGAGAAGGUUUUACGGAUUGGGUCGACUCCUCUGUCGUUAAGCUCUCUGUGAAAAAUUAAUGUAGCUCUGGAUGGAAAUAAAUGUUGGGACUUUACAUAAGGUUGCUGAAACAACAUUGUAAUCAAGGAUAAAGGCGAUCCGAUGAAACAUUAGUGUGCGCGACUUAUUUUUUGGCCAGGCACUGUAUAAAAGCCAUCACCGGCCUUUAGAAGAACAGAACUAUCUGGAUACUUUGUGUACUAUUAAUUUUUACCACAUCCACUGUUAUUACUGAAGUAUGCCGUGGUUACUUCCUGGAUUCUUGGAGGCUUUUGUGUACUCCAUAAACUGUAAAUAAAUUGGCCAAUUAUCUUAAAUACGUUCAGAUGAAACAAUAUUUUCAGAAAUUUGGACCUUCCACUGGUACAACACUUCUGGCCAAUAAUGUUUGUCCUUUUUUUUUUUUUUUUCCUUCUCUUGGUACAGUGACCCUCCACACUAGUAAUACUGACAUUUAAUACAUCAAGGAUGCUCGAUUUUUCAAAUAACUCUUUUGAUAUUUACUUUUUAUGUAAACUUCACGGUGUCAUAAAUAUUUGAAAAUGCAUUAACAAUGCCUCAUAGCGAUAUUAAAAAGGUCUGAAGGUGAACAGACACGUGACUCAUUUAUAAGCAAAAUGGUCAAUGCAUGAACUACUGAAAGACUGUUUAUCCCAAGACGCUGUACACUAAUGUACAGUACAUCUGUAGUCGUGUGAAAGUUUAUUACCCUGUUAUUUACGAUUACAAUCUUUUAUACAUGUUUUUAACCAAAUGGAGUAAAGCUGCUUUAUUGGUAUAAUCCUGUGAUUUGAAUAUUGUAAACCAAAAAGGGGGGGUGAGAGGGGAAGUCCCACUUGAUGAAGGAUUUAUGAGUAGGGGAAGGCUUUAAACAGUACAGGAGCUCCGUUAGACCAAGCUAAGCUUUAGUGAAGUUAAAAAAAAAAAUUUAAAUAAGAAAAAUAGGUAAUUUUUAUGCUGUAUGUAUCUGCUUUCCAGCUUUUACAGUUCAGUAGGUACAAAAACCUAAACAUACUAUCCCCUGUGUUGUGAAUGUAGAUCUUUACUCUGUUACUGUAUAUUGAUGCUGUAAGGACAUUUGUAUUUUACCUUUUAAAGCUACUAACAGGGAGUUUAGAAAUGCAGAGCAUUAAUCCUUCAGCUGAACGUGUGAAAGUAUUGGAGUAAAUUUAGACACAUCACUUGUACACAUUUUCUGUUUGUAACUAUGGCAGCUGGUAAUCUGUGGAUAUAGGGUAUGCUAAUCUAUAUGCUACAAGAUGGAAAGAAGUUCUCUUGACAAGUUUAAUUGUUUCUUUAGAGCAGUAGUGGUUUUAAACAAUCCUGUUGGUGAAAACGUAAAUCGGCUUAUUCUGUUAAAUUAUGGCUGUUUUUAUCUGAUCUACUUCUCAAAAUUCUCCAUUUGGAUUUAUUUAUGCUAUUUGGGAUUUUUUUUUUUUUGGGGUGGCCAGAAAGAAGCAAGUGUAGAACAAGGGUGUGUAAUGUUCUUAGUUGUGUCAAAAGAUUUAGUAAAUUGUGCCAAUACAAUUUUCUUCAUCCUUGUCUAAGGGCCACUACAUGGAUGCUAGCGACAACAUUUUGUCAUUUAAUUUUAUACCAUAGUUUCAUUUUGUGGUCAUCGUGUUCUGCAGAUCUACACAAUCUGCGCUAUUUUAGCCUUUUCUUCCAUUAUAGGAAGACGAGAUAAAAAGCAAACAAGAUCUUGUGUAAAAUUAAGUGUUUUAUUUCCUGAAAUGGCGUUUAAGCCAAACUGCAGCUAUAAUCUGAUGGAUUCACUCCAAUUUACAGCUAUUUAUCCAAUUGUAAAUGUGUGAUUUUAUUUUUUAAGACUUUGUUCAAAUGUUUUGUAUCGCUUAGUUUGGACUUCCUGUAAAAACAAGAUUCAUACCAUGCUGAUGUAAAUAACUGUUUUGUCCUGAAAUGUGAAAAGGGUGUAUUUUCUUUUAGAAAUUCUGUUUUGUUGUUUUAAUGAUGGUCAGUGAUUAAACACCAUGCUGAA